AUGGACAUUAUCUUGGGUAUAAGGGUACAAGAUUCGGUGAUACUGGCUACUUCGAAAGCUGUGACCCGAGGAAUAUCGAUCCUGAAGGAUAGCGAUGACAAAACUAGGUUAUUGUCUCCACAUAACCUGAUGAGUUUCAGUGGUGAAGCAGGUGAUACCGUACAAUUUGCAGAGUAUAUUCAGGCCAACAUGCAGCUAUAUUCCGUGAGAGAGAACGUCGAAUUAUCACCACAUGCGACUGCUAGUUUUGUCAGACAGGAAUUAGCUAAGUCUCUCAGAUCGAGGAAACCAUAUCAAGUGAAUGUAUUGAUUGGCGGUUAUGAUUCGAAAGCUGGAAAGCCAGAGUUGUAUCAGAUCGAUUACCUGGGCACAAAUGUUGAACUGCCCUAUGCUGCACAUGGAUACGCAGGUUUCUACACUUUUUCACUACUGGAUCGUCAUUAUCGUCCCGAUAUGACGGAGCAAGAAGGUUUAGAGCUUUUGAAGAAGUGUGUGGAGGAAUUGAACAGAAGAAUGCCAAUUGAUUUCAAGGGCGUAAUAGUGAAAGUGGUCGACAAGGACGGAGUACGGAGACUCGACGACAUGGAAUAG